AAACCGGAGCAAUGGUUGAAGACGCAGGGUCGUUUAUGUUCAACAAGGAGGCCAAUCUGCACAUAGACUGGCUCAUUGAUCAGACGGACUUCCCGUUGGCGGCCCUAGGGGAUUCUCAGGUCCCAAGAUCUGUGGAGCCCUGGCUAAAAGGGUAACUGUAUUAAUAUCCCACUGCACCCCUCUGUUUCCUUGCCAACAUCCCACAUUCCCCUCCUCCUCUGUUCCUUUUUCUCUUCCUCCCAGAUACCCCACCUUUACGAUACCCUCGACCCUACCAAUACCACAGCAACCAUGACGUCUCCUCUCCUCACGCUGAACAAUGGCCACAAGAUGCCUCAGGUCGGUUUCGGCCUGUGGAAGGUGGACAACAACGUGUGCGCCGAGGUUGUCUACAAUGCGAUCAAGGCUGGCUACAGGCUGUUCGAUGGAGCUUGCGACUAUGGCAACGAAGUUGAGGCCGGCCAGGGCGUCGCCCGCGCCAUCAAGGAAGGUCUCGUCAAGCGCGAGGACCUCUUCAUCGUCAGCAAGCUCUGGAACUCGUUCCACGAGCCGGAGCAGGUCGAGCCCAUUCUGAGGAAGCAGCUCGCCGACUGGGGGCUCGACUACUUUGACCUGUACAUUGUGCACUUCCCCGUCGCCAUCAAAUACGUCUCCCCCGAGACGCGCUACCCGCCCGGCUGGUUCGUCGACGACGCCGGCACCAAGGUCGAAUAUGCCAAGGCCUCGCUGCAGGACACGUGGAAGGCCAUGGAGGCGGUGCACGCAAAGGGCCUGGCCAAGAGCAUCGGUGUGUCCAACUACACGGGCGCUCUGCUGCUCGACCUCUUCACCUACGCCUCCGUCAAGCCCGCGACCCUCCAGAUCGAGCACCACCCGUACCUCGUGCAGCCCAAGCUGCUCGAGCUGGCCAAGGACAACGGCAUCGUCGUGACGGGCUACUCGUCCUUUGGCCCUCAGUCUUUCGUCGACGGUGACAUGGACCUGGCCAAGAACAUCUCGCCGCUCUUCGACCACGACGUCAUCAACAGGAUUGCGAACAAGCACGGCAAGACGACGGCGCAGGUGCUGCUGCGCUGGGCCACGCAGCGCGGGUUGGCCGUCAUCCCCAAGUCCACGUCGGUGAAGCGGAUGGAGCAGAACCUGGACGUCACGGCCUGGGAUCUGAGCGAGGAGGAGAUCCAGGAGAUUUCGAGCUUGGAUCAGAAUCUCCGGUUCAAUGCGCCUCUUAACUGGGGUAUCCCGAUCCCUCUCUUCUCUUAGAUUGACACAAGAGAAUAGACGAUGAAGUGAUUUCCUCUCCCGCAAUGCAGCAUUGGGGGAAAGAGGAUGGAGGAUGAGGAGGGAGGAAUGGCUACCUGAUCGAAGAGGACGCCAUGAAGAUGCAACAAGACCGGACGGCCGGCAUAAUGGCACUUGCAAGGAUAAAUGACCAUAUAUAUAUCAGAUGAAGUAGGAUAAUGACCACCAACCCCAAACCAAAAGCGAUCAAGCUCGCCAGGUAGUAAAUGAAAAUCCGACUACUUGGCUCUUCUCACAUG